GUCCUUUCUCAAAAUCUUCAAGUAGAGAACAGUGCUUCGGUGAAAGUCAGUGUAAAGGCCAGCUGUGUUUCAUCAGCUCGAGGAGGAAAAUAACGAGAUGGCGGACAAAUACAAUCAGUUGCCUCGAUUUCUCUCGGUGCUUGCGAUAAUAUUAUUCAGAGGUGUUACAUCUGACAUCGAUGAAGGCUUCGAUGGAAAUCAUUUCAACAGACUCGACCCUGAAUCCGAAGCUCUUUAUCGUCUUUCCCAAAAUCAAUUUCCGGAAUCCUACAAUUAUGCGCCGCUGCAUCCCGUUGAAAAUCAUUCCUGGCGAAGUCCCGAAAAUGUCGGCGAGAUUUCUGGAGUCGCAGUGGACCCAUCGGGAAAUCCCGUGAUCUUUCAUCGGGGAGAUCGAACAUGGAAUUAUGAAACGUUUAACGAAAACGCAGAAUAUCAAGAAUAUAAAAGCCCUAUUCAUAGCAACACAGUAUUAACAUUAGAUCCUAAAACCGGCGAUGUUAUUCGCGGCUGGGGAAAUCAUACGUUUUAUUUACCACACGGGAUUCACAUCGAUAGCCUUGGAAACAUAUGGUUGACCGAUAUUGCUCUUCAUCAGGUAUUCAAGUAUUCGGCCUCCGGAGUUCCUCGACUGAUCCUCGGUCAACGAUUCGAACCUGGAAGCGACAUGAGACAUUUUUGCCAACCAACUUCGGUCGCAGUUUUACCGAGUGGCGAAAUUGUUGUCGCUGAUGGAUAUUGCAAUAAUAGGAUAGUACUGUUCGACAAAAGAGGCAUUCCUCUGUACAGCAUUGGCGAGCAUUGGAUAUCCUUAAGAAUUCCGCAUGCCUUGACGAUUUUGCCAAACAGACAAGUGUGCAUUGCUGAUCGUGAGAAUUGGAGGAUCGUCUGUUUGGAUGUGAUACCUUCCGAUAUGAAUCGAGAUCUCGAACCUUCAUAUUCCAUUCGUCAUCGACAAUUUGGUCGCAUAUUCGGUAUCACAUCGCAUCGUGGUUUUAUUUAUGCUGUCAACGGUAUGACUGGAAACAUACCGAUCAAAGGUUUCACUAUCGAUUCGAUAAAUCGAAACGUAACAGAAAUCUGGGGUCCGGAAUCUUCGUCUUUCGCGAUGCCUCAUGCCAUCGCCGUAUGUCCGUAUGGUAGAGCACUUUAUGUAUCAGAGAUUGGACCCAAUAAAUUAUGGAAAUUUGAUCUACUGCAAACUUAACUAAUGUAAAAAUUAAACAAAUAAUAUUGCAAAAUAUAUUGAGCGCCGAAAUCUAUAAUGUCGUAUAUUGUUACCUGAUCCUGGAGUGAACUAAAAAUUAGAAUUCACAAAAA